AGGAACGCAGUAAGAUAUAUUAAUCGGCUUAUACUCAGCAAUGAUGAUACAAGUACUUAAAAAUAUUGAAUACUAUAACGGUAGUUAACAAAAAACUGUAAUCUUUGUUUCCUGACUAUACAAAUAAUUCUUUCACAUUUUCUUUAGAAAUUAUACAGAACAAGCGGAUUUGAACACUAGACUGCAGUAGAUAUCAAAUCUCAUCAAAGCCGACAAAGGAUGAGAAAAUGAGAAAAAUGUCAUGUUGCUACAGCAGGUGGAACACCAAAUCUACUAUAGAAUUAAUGAUGCGACAUCGUAACCCUUGGUAACAGUCGAUAUAUCAGACUUAAAAGAUCCUCGUUACAUUACUUCAAAGAAAUGUUGGCAAACAUCUUCUGAAGUUAGUAAACAUGGUGAAACGAAUGUUUGAGAAGCCGCGGCGACCUGACUUACUGAUGGGAACACAAGAAUUUCCUUCUGCUACAGUAAUUCCUCCAAUUUCGAAUAUAGAUUGUCUGACUGACAAGCAGGGAAAAGAACCAACUCCUCCUCGUAAAGCUAAAACAUUUCCAGGAGUGACUUCACGCAAUCCUCUGAGACCAUUCUCUGGAGAAAUGCCAAGGAAACCAUACAAGUUUACUACCCUUCCACCCAUCUCACAAAUUGAUUUCCUUUCCGGUGCAAGUGCGUCUGUCAGUGGCAAAGACGACUACAAGAACGAUAAAAUUCCCAUAUCAAAUGUACCUUGUCUUAACCGUGGUGAAGCUGAUCUUAAAUACGAAGAUUUUAACGAUAUUUUGCCUUCUGGUAGGGUGGCAAAGAAAUGCCACGGAAUUAAACCUGCAGACACUGAGUACAUCAAGUUGUGUAAAAUGAAUGGCAGAAAAAAUCUGUUGAAGGAACAGGAGAUUUUGAACAAAGCUAUUGGCCAAACAAACCUGGAAUAUAUGUCUACAAACAAACGUACUAUUCUGCGCUCUCCUGACGAGGAGUGGAUCCCUUCAGACUGGGUGAAAUUUAAAGUCUACGGACUGAAGGGGCAACUCCGUUAAAUCAUUAACACGCCAUGACGAAAUCAAAGAGGGAAUGAAAACAUCAUUAUCCUGAUUCAUGCAUGUUACGAUUUGACACUGUGAAAAUCUGAGGGUAGUCGUUCACCAUGCAAUUGCGAGUAAGGCAAAACUGAUUCGUGCUUGUAAUGUAGCGAGUGCCGUGGUAUACGAAAGAUCAGAAUACAUGAACUGUAAUCAGAUAAAGGAAAAUUUUUGAGCAGACAAAAAAGCGAUAGCAAUGAUAAACUCGGCCUAGAACAAAAAUUCAAUAGACGAAAAGUCAGCUAUAGUCCGGGAAAAGAAAUUAUAUUAAAGUGCACUUUCGUUGUGUGUCGAUUUGUUACUAUUAUUGUUUGCAAUUGUAAUACUAAUACAAAUGUCGAUCAAUAAAUGAUGAAUUAACGCCGGAUCUAU